AGGAAAGGCUUUUAUAUAUUUAGAAGUAAAAUGUUAUAAAUCACCAUUCUUGCUCUAAAUGAAGUUUGCCUAGCCUUGGUAAUUAACAGUCUCCUGCUAUAUAAUGUAUGCCCUUCCAGAAUAGUGUCAGGUCACUUGCAGAGAAUACUCGGUUUAGACUUUUGGCCCUCUGACAUUGACCUUGACAAUUCUUUCUUUAGAGAAGAGUUUCCAUGCUUUUAAGAUUCUAAGAGUGUCUAACAGGAGUAUAAAUUCCCUAGGAGACAUCUGUUAAAUAUGAAAUAGAGCUACCAGGGAAUAAAAGAAAGGCUAGGACGUAGCAGGAAGCAGUAACAUGAUUGAUGGCUACUUUGGCCAUGAUGUCAUAUAGGAUAGGCAUAAUAGAAGGAUCUUUAAGUUCGUUUGUGAUAAUAGAAACAUUCUAUACUUUAAUUGCACACACAAUCUGACACGUUGAGGGUGAAUAACUAUAGCUAUGUAUAUAAAACAUCCACUAAGUGCAACCGUGAUUAGAUGGACUCCUGACUGCGCGAGAGUGAUCCCGGAACCUUUCUGCUGGGGAUCUUUUACCAGAGGGACCGGAAAAGACGUGGAUCCUCUGUCGCGAUGUGGGUAGUGCGCAAGCUGAGCUCCUGCGGGAGCCGUUCUUUAGGAGUAUGUACAUCUAGGUUUCGGGGUACACAGGCUGACUGUUCUCGUUUAACCCCGUCGGCGGAGAAUCAGCUCAGUUGGACUCUACAAAUUAAACCAUGGGUUUUCAGUAAAUACAGGAUCAUGUGGUUCAAAUCUUAUAGAAUGACCUUUGCUUGCUUGAAUACAAUGAAAAGUUACAGAUACCCUUGGACAAGACCGUACAGUACUUCUCGAACCACUGUAGACAGCAGUGAGAUGAAAACCUUCCUGGCCCUGGCUCACAGGUGGUGGGAUGAGCAAGGAGUAUAUGCACCUCUUCAUUCUAUGAAUGACCUGAGGGUGCCAUUUAUUAGAGACAAUCUUUUAAAAACAAUUGCUAAUCACCAGCCAGGAAAACCUUUGUCUGGGAUGAAGAUUCUUGAUGUUGGCUGUGGUGGUGGAUUGUUAACUGAACCUCUAGGGCGGCUUGGGGCUUCAGUUAUUGGAAUUGAUCCUGUGGCUGAGAACAUUAAAACAGCACAGCGCCAUAAAUCAUUUGAUCCAGUCCUGGAUCAGAGGGUGGAAUACAGAGUGUGUUCCCUGGAAGAGAUUGUGGAAGAGACUGCAGAAACAUUUGAUGCUGUCAUAGCUUCUGAAGUUGUAGAGCAUGUGAUUGACCUAGAAACAUUUAUACAGUGCUGCUAUCAAGUGUUAAAACCUGGUGGUUCUUUAUUUAUUACUACAAUCAACAAAACACAGCUAUCCUACGCCUUGGGAAUUGUUUUUUCAGAGCAAAUUGCAGGUAUUGUACCAAAAGGCACUCAUACGUGGGAGAAGUUUGUUUCACCUGAAAAGCUAGAGAGCAUUCUGGAGUCAAAUGGUCUGUCAGUUCAAACUGUGGCAGGAAUGAUCUACAACCCCUUCUCAGGCUGUUGGCAUUGGAGUGGAAAUACCAGCCUUAACUACGCCGCCCAUGCUGUGAAGCAGGAGCACACAGUGCCGGCCGAGCUUGUUUUAAAGGGGGAUACAGAAGAGCUCUGAGCUGAUGCCGCCACCAGCCCAGCUGUGCAUGACGAGCUGAAGAAGUGAAUGUUUCCAAGGACUGUAAGAACAUGGCUGAAAGCCUGAUGUUUACAAAACAACAGAUAUAUCAUUUAAUUUUUGAGAGAGGGUUAUGCAGAAAAGAAAAUCAAUAAAAAGGGCUAAAACCUUGGAAAAAGUUUUUGUUUCAUCUAACAGCUAUUUUCAAGGAAUUAUCCUAUGGAUAAAAAAGUUUUGUCCCGGUAUUGUGUGAUUUAGGAGUUUAGGUUCCUCAGCCUUUCUUAAAUAAAUAGGGUAGGCAUAAAUAGGAAAUCACUCCAUCUUGCAGAUUAUAUAUACUAGUGUAUGUUUUCCAGCAUGUGUGUGCAUACAUAUGUGCUAUAGUGUUUUAAUUUAAAGGAAUCGGUAUUAUCUGUGAUGUUUGGGUUGUUUUUUUGUUUGUUUGUUUGCUUGCUUUUGGUUUUAGUUGAAGGCAGUUAUGCUUCUGACUGAUGAAAACCAAAUAUAGUUUUGUACCACUUAUAUUUAAGAAGAUAACAUAUUUUUCCCUUUAAAUUUUAGUUUGUUGGAAAGCAAACUGACUAAGUAUAUGCUUAAGGAUUUGGAUUUAAACAUUAAAAUCCAGAAGUUCAGGUUAUACUGGACAUACUUUCAUAUAUUGUUCCAUAAAUGUUUUAUGGUGCUUUUUUUUUUUUAAUAGAAAGGAUUUUUUAACUCAAUUAAAAAAUUCAGUUAUGGAAAUUUCCUUUUUCAAUUAAUUUUUAUAAUUAAAGGGACGGACUUAAAAUAUAUUUUUUUGCCUCUUGACCCAUGUGAGUCCCUGGCUUUUUCUGAAGUCCAUUGCUGGGUAAGCACUUUCAUAGAGGGUGUUGGCCGAAUGUGACAAACAUGGACUGAACGCAUGGGACCCACGUGGAAGGGCAGCUUUUACCGUCGAGCCUUUUUUCACUUUUAAGCUCAUCUGUUUUCCAUGUUCCUUUGUCAAUGUUUGUUGGAUAGGGCUUCUUAGGCAAACACUUCAACCAUCUUAGCUCAUUUUCUUGUUCUCAGUGGCAUUUCAAGGGAGAAACUAAACUUUAAAGAAUUAAGAGAGAAAUUUUAACUUUAGUUGCUAAUGUCUAAUUAGGGCACUAAAAAUUAGGAGCUCCCAUUGGCCUGCUUUUAACAGUUUGAUUCUGAGCCUGAAUUCUUGUAGUUUUAUUAUUAAAAAAAAAAAAA